UUCCACGCGACCAACUCCCGGCCUGCCCCUCGCGGGCGGCUCCGUGGCGGGAACUGGGGCUCCCGCGCUGGCUGACAGCGGCCGUCUUAAGGUUUCAUCGGCCUGCGCGACUCGAGGUUCUCCUGGGCCUGGUAUUCUGGGAGUGGAGCAACGACGCUAAGACUUCGCCACUGUUUUCCCUCCUCCCUAUCCCGGAAGCCCCAAGGACGAUCGUACGGCUGAGACACCCCCCUCCCGCCCUGGGACGCGCGCUGGGAGCUAGAGGUAACAGGGUGAAGUAACCAUGCAGGCAUUUCUAAAAGGCGCAUCCAUCAGUACUAAACCACCAUUGACCAAGGCUCGAGGAACAGCUGACACCACAGGAAGCAGUGGAGAGAACAAGAAAACCAAACCUGUCCCAUGGGUAGAAAAAUAUCGCCCAAAAUGUGUGGAUGAAGUUGCUUUCCAGGAAGAAGUAGUCGCAGUGCUAAAAAAGUCUUUACAAGGUGCUGAUCUCCCUAAUCUGUUGUUUUAUGGGCCACCUGGAACAGGAAAGACUUCUACUAUUUUGGCAGCAGCUAGAGAACUUUUUGGGCCUGAACUUUUCCGGUUAAGAGUUCUUGAGUUAAAUGCAUCUGAUGAACGUGGAAUACAAGUAGUUAGAGAGAAAGUGAAGAAUUUUGCUCAGUUAACUGUGUCAGGGAGUCGUUCAGAUGGGAAACCAUGCCCCCCUUUCAAGAUUGUGAUUCUGGAUGAAGCAGAUUCUAUGACCUCAGCUGCUCAGGCAGCUUUAAGACGUACCAUGGAGAAAGAGUCUAAAACCACCCGAUUUUGUCUCAUCUGUAACUAUGUCAGUCGAAUUAUUGAACCCCUGACUUCUAGAUGUUCUAAAUUCCGCUUCAAACCUCUGUCAGAUAAAAUUCAACAGCAACGAUUACUAGAAAUUGCAGACAAGGAGCAUGUUAAAAUUAGUAAUGAGGGGAUAACUUAUCUUGUUAAAGUGUCAGAAGGAGACUUAAGAAAAGCCAUUACAUUUCUUCAAAGUGCUACUCGAUUAACAGGUGGAAAGGAGGUCACAGAGAAAGUGAUAACAGACAUUGCUGGGGUCAUACCAGCUGGGACAAUUGAUGGAAUAAUUGCUGUGUGUCAAAGUGGUUCUUUUGACAAACUAGAAGCCUUAAUAAAGGACUUAAUAAAUGAGGGUCAUGCGGCAAAUCAAGUUGUAAGCCAACUGCAUGAUGUGGUCAUAGAAAAUGACCUUUCUGAUAAACAGAAGUCUGUGAUUACAGAAAAACUAGCUGAAGUGGACAAGUGCUUAUCAGAUGGUGCCGAUGAACAUCUACAACUAAUAAGCCUCUGUGCUGCUGUGAUGCAGCAACUCACUCAGAAUUGCUGAACUUCAAAUAAAGAACUUAAAGCACCUUUAAAGUGAA